CCGUUGCCAUUCGAAAAAACAACAAACACCCACUACUGAUUACGCUCCUUUCUUCUUCUUCUCUUCCACUAUUCUCUUCUUCUUCUCUAUGUAAAGCCCAUAGAUCACUUUUGAUAUUCCCGAUUUGAUUACUUUCAAUAUUUUGAUUUUUCCUUUCCCAUUUUCAAUCACUUUUACUUGAUUUCGUUUCGUGACACAAAAACCCUCUCCUCCUCUUUUCAAUCUUCAGAAAUGUUCACCGAAGGUCUCGACGAGACCGCCAUCAAGUGGAUCAAGCAGGGAUCAGAAGCUGAAUCUGAAAAUAAUCAACCAAAAGUGAGAUCUCCUCUAUCAGAGAGAACUGCCCCAGACCCAUUUCCCAAGUCUCCUUCCAUCUUUAAUAACAAUGGUAGCUUAACGCCUUCUUCCCAUGCUCUGCCCCCACUCAAACUCCACUCUGGCUUGCUGGCAGUGCCCCGCAGUACCUUGGUCGUUCCGGCAUUCCAAAACGACGAUGAAGGCGAAGAAGAAAACGACGACAAUGAUGGUGAAAGCAUUUCUUCGGUCUCCGAUAGCACUUACUCUUACGAAGAAGUACUUGUGGGUUCUAACGAUUCGAAGCCAAGGGAGCAUUUGUUUGAUGAUGAAGAGAUAUAUGGUUACAAACCCAGAGCAUAUUCGAUGAGAAACAAAGCUAACAUUGGAUUGGAAAGCCGUAACGGGUCGUCGUUGAAUAAAGGGCUCUUGAAUCAAAGUCUCCGGAUUGAAGUGCCUGAUAGUUUGAGAAGAUUUACAGAUGGUGAAUUGGGUUUUAGGAAAACUAGUGUUCAUAAAAAUGAAACCCCAGGCUCUGCAAAUCAUCUUCAGAAACGACUUCACUUGCGAAAUUUUCAAGGUACACUAAGUCGGGAAAGUAGUAUGCUUAGAGAUUCAGUAGACUUGGGAACUCCAAGUGCACCUCCUAUUUUUUAUGGUCCAAGUGAUGAUGGAAGAUAUAGCACUGAGGUGGACAAUCAAGAAGAAAUGGGAACUCCUGAAGUCCUCGUUUCAGAAAAUGACCAAUCUGACAAUGGGACAUGCCCCUCAAGAGAAUCAGUUGGUUUUGAUGCUAAUAAAGAAGGAUAUGGAAAUUUCAAGUCAGAUUCACAGAGAACUGCUGAACUUGGUGAAAGUGAAUUCUGCAGAUCAGUAAACAAAACCUUUCCAGGAGAGAGGGAGAUGCACACUCCGCUUAUGCAGGCAAACCAACUGGACCAUUCGUCUUAUUAUAGCACAAGCGGUCAAUAUGCCUGGCAAACUUUGAUUGCAUAUGAUGCUUGUAUACGAUUAUGCCUCCAGGCAUGGGCAAGUGGCUGCACUGAAGCUCCUGAGUUUCUACGUAGUGAAUGCAUGGUUCUCCGAAAUGCAUUUGGACUACACAAUUAUUUGUUGCAACCUCGUGGUGCACAGCCUAUAGAAGACAGGCAUACCAAGAAUGCAGAACAAAAAUGUCCAAAGGCAAAGAAAGUUGUGGGAAAAAUAAGAGUAGAAGUGAAAAAAAUUCGUGUAAUAACAAGACGGAAACUUAAGAUGACAUAUUCGCAGUGGGGUGCAAUCUACAUGCAUGCGGGAGUGGAGUAUGUUCAAAAUGUAGUGAAAACUGGUGUGAAUAGUUUGAAAAAAGCCUCACUGUCUGUUACAUCACAAGAGCCACAAUUAUGCUUAUUCCAACUGAACAGUGCUACAGAAAAUAAUAAAAUGGAAUUGGACUCUGCAAUUUGUUUGCACCCUGGAAGUGGUGAUUAUCAUGUAUUUUUCCCAGAGAGUCAAGGAGAUGCUCUAUUGGUGGAAGUCCAAGACACAAAAAAAUCAGUCUUGGGUCGAACUACAGUUCUAAUUUCAUCCUUGACUGAUAAUCCUAGUGAUAGAAUUCGUUGGUGGCCUAUAUACCAUGAUGAUCAAGAAUGCAUUGGGAAGAUUCAGCUUUCCAUUGGCAGUACUAUCACAAAUGAUGAGACAACUCAUGUGAAGAGCGGACCAGUUGCAGAAACUUUUGCUUAUGAUUUGUUGCUGGAAGCAGCUAUGCGAGCACAGAAUUUUCAUUCAAGGAACUUAUGGCUGCACGGACCUUGGAAGUGGUUGUUGACUGAAUUUUCAGACUAUUAUGGAGUUUCUAUCUCAUAUACAAAACUGAGAUAUCUUUCACAUGUCAUGCAUGUGGCAACUCCAACAAAAGACUGCUUAGACCUUGUGCAUGAAUUACUUGUACCGAUAAUAAAGGCCAGGAGCGAAAAAUUUUUGACAAGGCAAGAGAGAAGCAUACUUUUAGACUGUGAAACUCAAAUCGAGAGUUUACUAGCCAAUGUUUUUGAGAACUAUAAAUCAUUAGAUGAAGAUUCUCCCACAGGAAUAAGGGACUUGUAUGGGCCAAUUCAAGAAUCUGCAGCACCAGCUAUAGCUCCUGCUGUGCAAGUCUACAGCCUCCUUCAUGACAUCCUUAGUCACGAUGCACAGAACAUGCUUCGAAACUAUUUGCAGACAGCGGCAAAGAAGAGAUGUCGUACUCACAUGGUAGAGACUGAUGAGUUUAUGUCAACCAACUUUGAAGGUUUUGUAAUGGAUUCCAUUACCAUCUCAACAGCAUAUCUAAAGAUGAAGACUCUCUGUACGAAUAUUGGCAAUGAAAUUCAGGCUGACAUUAAGAUCCAUAACCAGCAUGUACUUCCCAGCUCAAUUGAUCUGACAAACAUCACAGCUGCUGUUUACAGCACUGAGUUGUCUAACCGACUUCGAGCUUUUCUGUCUUCGUGGCCUCCAUCCAGUCCACAACCACAUGUAAAUGAGCUUCUGGUGGCUACUGCUGAUUUUGAAAGGAAUCUUGAAUUGUGGAAUAUCAGUCCAGUGCAGGGAGGUAUAGACUCAAGAAAUCUUUUCCACCAUUAUAUAAUGGUGUGGGUACAGGAUAUGGAACUUCACCUCCUUGAUCUUUGCAAAGCAGAAAAGGUUCCAUGGUCUGGAAUGUCAACCAACCACUCCACCUCACCGUUUGCUGAGGAAAUGUAUGAGAAGAUGAGAGAACUCCUCAUUCAAUAUGAAGUUGUAAUCAACCGGUGGCCUCAGUACUCCUUGGUUUUAGAAAAUACGGUAGCAAAUGUAGAAAGAGCAAUCAUAAAAGCAUUGGAGAAGCAAUACAAUGAUAUUUUGACCCCACUGAAAGAUAGCAUUCCAAAGAGGCUUAAUAUGCAGGUUCAGAAGCUGACAAGGAGGCAAUCAAUGACAAUAUAUUCAGUUCCAAAUCAACUGGGAACAUUUUUGAACACUGUAAAGAGAAUUCUUGAUAUUCUUCAUUGUAAAGUUGAGGACAUUCUAAAGGCAUGGGCAUCUGUUCUGCCAAUCAUGGGAGAUAAAAAAUCUCUUUUUGGAGAGCAAAUGAACGCAGUUACAGUUCUACUAAGAACAAAAUAUAAAAAUUACUUGCAGGCAACAGUAGGGAAGCUUAUAAGCAAUAUGCAAGAGAAUCGAAGCACACGACUUAAAAGGAUUUUAGAGGAAACAAAGGAAGAAGAUGGGGAGACUGAGGUUCGUGAAAGAAUGCAGUUGCUGAAUUCACAGCUUGUUGACUCUAUAUCCAAUUUGCAUGAAGUGUUUACAAGUCAAAUAUUCAUAGCAACUUGUCGUGGAUAUUGGGAUAGGAUGGGGCAGAUUGUUUUGAAAUUUCUUGAAGGAAGGAAAGAAAACCGAGUCUGGUACAAUGGAUCCUACUAUGCUCUCGGGAUAUUGGAUGACACGUUCGCAUCCCAAAUGCAAAGAUUGCAAGGCAAUGCACUGCAAGACAAAGAUCUUGAGCUGCCUCGCUCAGUAGUGGAAGCUCGCUCCAUCCUUUGUAGGGACACCACAAAUGCAACCGAAACAUCAACAUACUUCUACGUCUAGCACACUACCACAUUUGUGGUGUCCUUUGUAGGGACACCACAAAUGCAACCGAAACAUCAACAUACUUCUACGUCUAGCACACUACCACAUUAUAUAUAUAUACAUAUAUUUAUAUUCAUUCCCUCGUUUCACGGUAUCAGUUAAAUUACAAAUUUGUAAUCCCUUCUUUUAUUUUCUUUAGGGAAAUUUAGUAAAUUUUUGCUAGUUUAUAUAUGUCUGUGUAUCUAAUCUACUUUUCACAAUAAUGAAAUUAAAUAUAUUUAUUUUAUUUUUU